AUGAACUUUGCGGAGGGAGAGGCCUCCAAGAGAUACUGCAUUAAAACGAAACAUGUGGCUAUUAUCUGUGCGGUGGUGGUGGCGGUAGGAUUAAUAGUAGGACUUUCCGUGGGCUUGACCAGGUCGAAUCACUCCAGCGGGGACGCUGGGCAGGGCACAGCUCCGGCUCCUUCCCACUCUCCUUCCACCGAGAGCCCUCCGCAGGACCAGGGGGUCUGCCCUGCCAGCGAAGAUGAAAGUGGAGGCUGGAAAAACUUCAGGCUGCCGGACUUCAUCAACCCAGUGCAUUACGACCUGCAGGUGAAGCCCCUGCUGGAGGAGGACACGUACACAGGCAGCGUGACCAUCUCCAUCAACGUGAGCGCGCCCACCCGGCACCUGUGGCUGCACCUGCGGGAGACCAGGCUCACCCGGCUCCCGCAGCUGAGGAGGCCCUCGGGGGAGCAGGUGCAAGUCAGGCGGUGCUUCGAGUACAAAAAGCAGGAGUACGUGGUGGUGGAGGCGGGAGAGGAGCUUGCACCCAGCAGUGGCCAGGAUGUCUAUCACCUGACCAUGGAGUUCGCCGGCUGGCUGAACGGCUCGCUCGUGGGGUUUUACAGAACGACUUACGUGGAGAACGGACAGAUCAAGAGCAUAGCAGCCACUGAUCAUGAACCAACAGAUGCCAGGAAAUCCUUCCCUUGUUUUGAUGAGCCCAACAAAAAGGCAACCUAUACGAUAUCCAUCACCCACCUCAAAGAAUAUAGGGCAAUUUCAAAUAUGCCAGUGGAGAAAGAAGAGUCACUGGACCAUAAAUGGAAUAGAACAACUUUCAAGAAGUCCGUCCCUAUGAGCACCUACCUGGUGUGCUUUGCUGUACAUCAAUUUGACCGCGUUGACAGAAUAUCUAAAAGGGGAGUACCUCUCACUAUAUAUGUCCAGCCAGAGCAAAAGCACACAGCUGAAUAUGCUGCAACCAUAACUAAAAUUGUGUUUGAUUAUUUUGAAGAAUACUUUGCUAUGGAUUAUGCUCUUCCUAAAUUAGAUGAAAUCGCUAUUCCAGACUUUGGCACCGGGGCUAUGGAGAACUGGGGACUCAUCACUUACAGAGAAACAAAUUUGCUUUAUGACCCUCAGGAAUCAGCUUCAUCAAACCGGCAGAGGGUGGCCAGUGUGGUUGCCCAUGAACUUGUGCAUCAGUGGUUUGGAAAUAUUGUGACCAUGGAAUGGUGGGAAGACUUGUGGCUGAAUGAAGGCUUUGCUUCCUUCUUUGAGUUCCUGGGAGUAAACCAAGCAGAAAAAGAGUGGCAAAUGAGAGAUCAGAUGUUACUUGAAGACGUGUUACCUGUACAAGAGGACGAUUCUUUGAUGUCUUCGCACCCAAUUGUUGUCACUGUGACAACUCCUGCUGAAAUAACAUCUGUCUUUGAUGGAAUAUCCUAUAGCAAGGGCGUUUCCAUUCUGAGGAUGCUUGAAGACUGGAUAACCCCAGAGAAGUUUCAAAAAGGAUGUCAGAUUUACUUGAAAAAACACAAAUUUGGGAAUGCAAAAACUGAGCAUUUUUGGAGAGCACUUGAAGAGGCAAGUAAUUUACCAGUGAAAGAAGUAAUGGAUACAUGGACCAAACAGAUGGGUUAUCCUGUACUUAAUGUGAAAGAUAUGAGGAACAUCACGCAGAAACGUUUUCUGUUGGACUCAAAAGCGAAUUCUUCUGAGCCACAUUCAGCUCUUGGUUACAGAUGGAAUAUUCCAGUUAAAUGGACUGAAGAUAAUGUAUCAAGUAUUACAUUCUACAACAGGUCAGAAACAGGAGGAAUCACUUUGAACUCUUCUAAUCCUGCUGGAAAUGUUUUUCUCAAAAUAAACCCAGAUCAUAUUGGGUUUUAUCGUGUAAAUUAUGAAGUACCAACUUGGGAAUGGAUAGCUACCAAUCUUUCCUUCAACCACAAGGGGUUUUCUUCUGCUGACCGCGCAAGUCUUAUCGAUGAUGCUUUUGCCUUGGCAAGAGCUCAACUUCUAGAUUAUAAGAUGGCUCUAAACUUGACCAAGUAUCUCAGAAUGGAAGAAGAUUUUUUACCAUGGCAGAGAGCAAUUUCAGCCGUAACCUAUAUCAUUAGCAUGUUUGAAGAUGAUAAAGAGCUUUACCCUGUGAUUGAGAAAUACUUCCAGAGUCAAGUGAAGCCCAUUGCAGAUUUCCUGGAAUGGAAUGAUAUCGGAGACCACCUUACAAAGUUACUACGUGCUUCCGUAUUAGGGCUUGCGUGCAAGAUGGGAGAUCGAGAAGCUUUGGACAAUGCUACCCAAUUAUUUCAGCAGUGGCUGAGUGGGACUGUAAGGCUUCCUGUAAACCUCAGGCUUCUGGUAUAUCGGUAUGGAAUGCAGAACUCUGGUAAUGAGACUUCAUGGAACUAUACUCUUGAUCAAUACCAGAAAACUUCAUUAGCUCAGGAAAAAGAAAAACUACUGUAUGGAUUAGCAUCAGUGAAGAAUGUUACUCUUCUGUCCAGAUAUUUGGAUUUUCUCAAGGACCCAAAUCUUAUUAAAACUCAGGAUGUGUUUACAGUCAUCCGAUAUAUCUCAUAUAACAGCUAUGGGAAGACCAUGGCCUGGAAUUGGAUUCAACUCAACUGGGACUAUCUAGUCAACAGAUACACACUCAAUGACAGAAACCUUGGCAGAAUUGUCACCAUAGCAGAACCAUUCAACACCGAACUGCAGCUCUGGCAGAUGGAAAGCUUUUUCAAAAAAUAUCCAGAAGCUGGAGCAGGAGAAAAACCUAGGCAGCAAGUGCUGGAAACAGUGAAGAACAAUAUUGAGUGGUUAAAACAAAAUAGAAACACCAUAAGACAAUGGUUUUUGGAUUUACCUAAGAAUGGUUAA